AUGAAUCAUAUACUUAGAUCAUCAACAUCAUUGUUGAUUAGACAAUGCAACAGAUCAAGCAAGAGUGGCGCAUUCAACAACAUCCUGUCAUCAAGCAGCAGCAUUAAAUCUUCGAUCUCAAUCAAUAAUAUACAAUACAUGAAUGGCACUCAACAGCAUGCUUAUUCGACGACUACGACAUCAACUCAAACAACAACAAUGACAUCUACACCAUCAACACAAACAACUACUACAACUACAGCAUCAGUGAAUGUGAAUGAAACUAUUGUCGAUCAAUCAUUCGCAGUUGUACAUCUGGGCGGAAAGCAAUACAAAGUGAUCAAGGGCGACAUUAUCAUGGCAGACCGUCUGCCAAACAUUGAUGUUGGCGAGCAUAUCGUUCUGGACAAGGUGUUGAUGGUGGGCACGAAGGAGACCACUAUGAUCGGCACACCACUGGUCGAGGGUGCCAAGGUGCACGCCUUCAUCGAGGAGCAGUCCAAGGCGUCACACGUCACCAUAUUCAAGCACAAGAGAAGAAAGAACUACAAGAGGACCACUGGCUUCACUCCAUUGGCCACUGUAAUAAGGAUAGGUGAUGUUGUUAUGCAGCAGCAA